UCUCUCUCUCUCUCUCUCUCUCUCGCUCUCUCUCUCCCUCGCUCUCUCUCUCUCUCCCUCUCUCUCUCUCUCUCUCUCUCUCUCUCUCUCUCUUUCUCUCUCUCUCGCUGUUGCGCUGCGCGGAUCUUCCCAUGGCUGUCAAAGAGUGAUGUUUGCAGAGAGGGAACCAACAGUUCGCUUCGCAGGUACACUCCAUGGGUCUGAGCAGGGCCGGAGUGGCGACGGUGCGGCCGACAUAACGUGUCGAGCUUUGCGUAGUGAGAACCGAUCAUAACCAGCGGGGCUCCCGGCAGCAUGCGAAGGAUGGGUCUCGGGGUAAUUGCACUAUUAAGUGGUCGAGUCGCAGUAUUAAUGGUGGCACCCACCGUCUUGAUGAGUAUACUCUCCAGCGCUGAGCGAGCGUGUCCUAGCAAUUGUAGGUGCCACGGUAAAAUAGUGUACUGCGAAUCGCUCAGCCUCCAGCAGAUCCCUCCGAACAUCUCCCCCGGCUCCCUGGGACUGUCGCUCCGCUAUAACAGCCUGCAGACGCUGGAACACAACCAGUUCGUGGGUCUCAACCAGCUAACCUGGCUGUACCUGGACCACAACUACAUCGGCUUGGUGCACGAGCACGCCUUCAACGGGAUCCGCAGGCUCAAGGAGUUGAUUCUCAGCUCCAACAAAAUCACCCGCCUUUUCAACAACACCUUCCGGCCGGUCACCAACCUGCGCAACCUCGACCUCUCCUACAACCAGCUGCAGUCGCUGCAGCCCGAGCAGUUCCGGGGACUGCGCAAACUUCAGAGCUUGCACCUGAGGUCCAACAACCUGCGGACCGUCCCGGUUAGGAUAUUCCAGGACUGCCGAAACUUGGAGUUCUUAGACAUGGGCUACAACCGCAUCCGCAGCCUGGCUCGCAACGCCUUCGCGGGCUUGGGCCGACUAGUGGAGCUACAUCUGGAGCACAACCAGUUCUCCAAGGUCAACCUUGCCCAUUUCCCUCGCCUGACCACCCUGCGAAUCCUCUACCUUCAGUGGAAUAAGAUCAGCGUAGUCAUGCAGGGCAUGUCCUGGACCUGGAGCUCCUUGGAGAAGCUAGACCUGUCGGGCAAUGAGAUCCAAGCCAUUGGGCCCAACGUGUUCCAGUGCGUGCCCAACCUGCACACGUUGCACCUAGACUCCAACAAACUCACCACCAUAGGCCAGGAGAUCCUGGAAUCCUGGAUAUCGCUCAACUCUGUCAGUCUCUCGGGGAAUAUGUGGGAGUGCAAUCGGAACAUUUGCUCGCUCGUGAACUGGCUUAAAAUGUUUAAAGGGAGGAGGGAGAAUACAAUGAUUUGUGCGGGGCCAAAGCAGCUGCAGGGUGAGCAGGUGGUGGAAGCAGUCGAUAACUAUAAUAUUUGCAUUAAAACUCAGAGGAUUACCACUCACAGGAUGCCGAGUCCACCCAAAGUUCAUGCCAAACCGACCUUCAAAACAAGGCUUCCCAAGGCCAACCCCGAGAGCAAAGCCCAGGUCCCCAUCCCAGUCGCCACCACUCCCCCACUGCCCAGCACCGACUCUGAGGACGUCGAGCCUGUCUCUUUCCACAAGAUCAUCGCGGGCAGCGUGGCCCUCUUUCUCUCCGUGCUGGUCAUCCUUCUGGUCAUCUAUGUGUCCUGGAAGCGGUACCCCGCGAGUAUGAAGCAACUGCAGCAGCGCUCACUGGGGCGCAGGCGGCGCAAAAAGAGGCAGUCACUGAGACACAUGGUACCCACCACCCAGGAAUAUUAUGUUGACUAUAAGCCUGCGCACACCGAGGCCACGGAGAUGCUGAUGAACGGAACAGCCUCUUGCACCUUUAACAAAUCUGGCUCCAGGGAAUGCGAGGAGUUCUCUGGGAGUGUGCAAAUAUAUACAGUGGACCAGGACUAUGACAACAUUGAUAUGUUGGCACCAAAACUGUAUCCCCAUCGCCAUGAGUGUCUCCUCCUUCCUCACCUACGACCAGCCGACGCUACCUUGUUGUGGAGUGCAUCAGGGACAUCUGGCUCACAAGCAGUUUGAAAUGCAGGCCCACAAGGACGCUCCAGAUAGCCACAGAGAGCCUGGCACAGAACUGAGCACAAUAGCAACAGUGACAUGCUCCGGUAGCCAUAUUCAGUGACCCAACCCAGCCUGAGGCCACCCACAAUGAUGGACUAAACGAGGACAAGGCCCAGACAGCCGAAAGACACCAAGGGAGGCCUGUGGCCCAGGACAUAAAUCAUAGUUAAUGCAGAGAUACUGCUGUCAGAGGUCAGACUGAAAGUGAUGCAGAUUUCACUGAAAUUUUUUUGUUUUAGUUUGUACUGACUUUAUUUGUGCAGUAUUUUUUAAAAAAAAGAAAGCAACGAACUUGUACAGAUUUUAUUCAGUAUUCUUGUCUUUAACAAUCCACCUGUAUAUACAUGAGUUAUUUAACAUGGUGUAAAGAUGCAGUAUUUUUCAUAAAGAAUAUGCUUUGAAAAUGACAAAACUGAAAUAGCUAAUGACAAUUGUGCAUUUAUUUUCAGUCUGUUAGUCUUCAGUGUUUAUAGAAUUGGAAUGCUAAUUGAAAAUGUGUUGUAUUAUUUAAAAUCUAUUACUA